GACAAUAAUGUUCAAAAAUAAAUGGGAAUAAAUGUCUCAUUUAUUUCGUAAAGUUGUACUUUUUCUCGUCUUUUUGAUUGCCGUCCUUCAGAUAAUUCAUAUGUCAUUGAUGUCUCGUUUGGAAUCACGGACCAAUAGCAUCAAAAAUAAUCAUUUGAGUAGCCAAAGUAAAAAAAGUGAUAAUAGUGAUAAAUUCAAAUAUACGAACAACAAUGUUGGCGAACAAGAACAGAAUGUUCUCUAUUCAAUCGAUAUGGUUAAUAUUGAACGUGAACAGAUGUAUAAUUCCUUAAAAUCAUUAAGUUCAGUGUUGGAUUCAUCUGGUGAACAUCGAAUUCUACAUUUUCUAUCGACAGCCGAUCAAUUGAAAAAUUCUCGUUGGCGUUAUUCAAUCAUCAACAAAUUGGACACAUUGGAUGGCAAUCAUUUAUACAAAAAGAAUGACUUGUCCAUUGCAUCACAUUCAACCGUCACACAAUUGUACAAUCUGGAUCUGAUGUCACGCAGAUGGAAUGGUCCUAUAUCGAUGGCCAUAUUUGCCGUGACCAUACAACAAAUUCCAGUUGUAGUUGAGGCAAUUCUUUUGUUGCGUUAUUGUAACCCGUUUAUCCAACAACGUACGAGCUUUCAUCUAGUUUAUCCAUUAAAUUUUUCUUCCAAACUAAACAAUCGCCAAGUUCGUAGCUUAUUGGACUUUCUACGUUGGUCUGAAAUAAAAGACUCUUAUCCCGAACUCGAUCGAUUUGUUUCGAAGGCAAAUUGUGGCCAUAUAAAAGAAUUGAUCGAUCAAAUGGAUAAAAAAGAUAGUAAAAAUUAUAACCAUCAUGUAGAAUAUCCAAAUAAUCUAUUGCGUAAUAUCGCGCGUCGCUAUUCACUUACAGAAUAUACGCUAGUCAUAGAUAUCGACCUGGUGCCCUCGAAAUUAUUGUACGAAAAAUUUCUUGAAUUUAUACAAAAUUCACGAUUGUUCAAAGAUGCAGAUUUUUUUAAUAUUGAUAAACAACCGCCAAACACAUUCAGUGAUAAUUUAACAGGAAAGAGUUCCAGUGCUCUAAUGGUAUUCAUACUGCCUACGUUUGAAAUUGAUCUCGAAUUAGCUCGAAAACAGCACAACAAUCUUGGUGAUGAAGAAUAUGAUCAAAUCAUACCCGAUGACAAAAUCAAACUUAUUCAUGCAAUCGAACAACGAUAUGUAAGACCAUUUUAUAUAGAACUUUGUUGGAAAUGUCAUAAAUAUACCGAUUAUGAAGCAUGGUUACACGAUCAUCGAUUAGUCAACUAUUCUAGAUCGAUUUCCAACCUUUAUGAUGACAGAUUCAGAUUACAGAUUCUUUACCAAGUUCAAUGGCAUGAUCCAUGGGAGCCAUUUUACAUCAGUCGGAAUAAUGUGCCAUUCUAUGAUGAAAGAUUUCGACAAUAUGGCUUCAAUCGGAUUAGUCAGACAUGUGAAUUAAACAUGGCCGGUUAUCAAUUUGUCGUGCUUAACAAUGCCUUUCUGAUCCAUCGAGGAUUUAAAACAUCAGGUGACUUUCAUCCGACCAAAGAUGUCGAACUUGAACGUAAUCGAAUAUUGUAUAGAAAAUUUAAAUUGCAACUAAAAGAACGAUAUCCAAAUUCAGGUAGAAAAUGUUAACCAUGUCGAUUUUUGCUCGACAUUUUAUCGUGAUAAAUACAUAUCAUUCUCAUUCGAUGGCAAUAUUUAGUCAUGAAAUACUGUCAAGUCAGCGUUACAUACAUAAAACUCCCAUAUUAUUAAUUAUUAAUUAAAUUAAUUAAAACGAAUAAAAAUUUACUAGAUUAUCAUUAUUA